GUUGCUAGUAAGGUUGUUUUGGUCAGCAAUUUCUGUGGGGUUCUGAGCUUGACUUCACCCCAAAUUCAGUAGGCUACAAAUUCCCAAGUCUGGCUGUCAAAUCUCAUAAGGAUGGAGAAUGCUACACAUCAUGCGAAACAGAAGCCGGCAUUCACCCUGAAGAGAUUUCAUAUUUCUGAAGAUUAUGGUUUCCUUCUUCCAAAUCCACUGAAAGAACUUCCUCCUUUCUACAGUCCAUGGAUGGAGAUUGGCCACAGGUUGGUUUACUUGAUUGAGAGCCAUCAACUACGUUCCCAGGUCAAAAAGAUGCCUCUACUCAGCUGCCAGUACCUCCAAGGGCACCGAGAACUCUAUUUGGCCCACCUGGUCCUCAGUUUCAUCACAAUGGGCUACGUCUGGCAAGAAGGUGAAAAAGAAGUCCCCAAGAUCUUGCCGCGAAACCUGGCCAUCCCUUUUGGAGAAGUCUCUGAAAUGCUAGGUCUGCCUCCGAUCAUGGUCCACACGGAUUUUGUUUUGGUGAACUGGAAGAAAAAAAAUCCCCAGGGGCGUCUGGAAAUUGAGAACCUGGAGCCCAUAGUAACUUUGCCUGGAGGAACAAGUACAGUUGGGUUCAUUCUGGUCAGUUUCCUAACUGAGAAAGUUGCCGCACCAGGACUCAAGGCCAUUGCCAAGGCUGUGAAUGGACUUCUUCAGCCAGAUGACAAAAUCCUGGCUGAAGCGUUGCAAGAACUGACAAACACCCUUCAAGAAAUGACCAAAACUCUGAAGAAAAUACAUGAUUACGUUGAUCCUUCCGUCUUUUAUGGAGUGUCGAGGAUAUUUUAUUCUGGUUGGAAAGAUAACCCUGUGUUACCAGAAGGGUUGCUGUACGAAGGCCUUUGCGAACAGCCUCUGGAGUAUUCUGGGGCCAGCGCGGCUCAAAGCUCCACCCUGCAUGCCUUCGAUGAGCUGCUUGGCAUCCAACAUCUGAAAGAAAGUGCUGCGUUUUUGCAUAGGAUGAGAAAAUACAUGCCUCCUCAUCAUCAAGCCUUCAUUGAAGAAAUCCGGUCUGUCCCUCCACUGAAGGAUCACGUCUUAUCUUCUGGAAACCAAGACCUUCAGACCACGUACAACAAGUGUGUAGCUGCUCUUUCUGAGCUAAGAACCUACCAUAUCACCAUGGUCACCAAGUACAUCGUCAUAGCAGCCAAAAAGGCCAAGAACAACAUUUCUCAAACCACAAGGCCUCCAUCUUUCCUGGAAGGGAUCGGGACUGGGGGUUCACGGGUUCUGAAAUUGUUAAAAAGUGUCCGGGACACAACAAAAGAAGCUAUGAUACAACUCUAAAAGAUUUUCCUUUUUGGUCAAGGUAGAGAUUAAAGUCAUGAUUAGGGAGCCCAAGUCAGCCAACAUUUCUUGAUAUAUGUAUAUAGUAGGAGUGAGCAACUCUUCAUACAGACUGUCUAAAGCAGGGGUGUCAAACUGGAUUUCUUCGAGGGCUGGAUCCGCAUUGUAGUUCUCCUCCAUGGGCUGGCGGGGUGAGUGGGUGGGGAGCAGGGGGGAAACGGGAUGGACGCUUCCUGCAUCACCCUGCCGGCCAAAAUGUGCCUCGUUUUCGGCCUUCACAGCCUCCUGCAGCACUCUGCUGGCCAAAUCAGGCCAUGCGGAGGUCCCGCGAGGCCCCCACAUGGCCCGUUUUUGGCCUCCCUGGCCUCCUGGACUAAUCUGCUGGCCAAAAAUGGGCCGUGCGGAGGCACUGCGAGGCCCCCGCGAAACCCAUUUUUGGCGUCCCCGACCUCCAGCAGGGGAGACCAAAAACGGGCCACACAGGGGCCUUGCCGGGCAUCCGCAUGGCCCAUUUUGGCAGGCAGAGGUACCACGGGCUGAUCCUUUGAUAUUUCCAGGCCAGCCCUGUGGGCCAGAUUUAAGCACCCCAGGGGCCGGAUCCGGCCUGCGAGCCUUGAGUUUGACACCCUUGGUGUAAAGGUUGAAUGAUGGUAACUGGACCAAUCUUUGUUCAUCUGAGAUGCUUCGUUGCUCAAGCAAGCAAUUCCGUCAUUCAGAGCUACCGUAUUUUUCGGAUAUAAGACGCACCUUUUUCCCCCCUAAAAAGGGGGUGAAGAUUUAGGUGCUUCUUAUACACCGAAUGUAGCCCCGCCCACCCACUGGCCCCCACCCUUUGGCCUCUGCCUCCCAGCAGUUUACCUCCUUGCAGCAAACAGCAAGAAGAAACAGCUCGUUUCAGCUUCAGCACAGCCUAAUUAGCACAAGUUGAUUGUCCCUUGGAUUGGCCUCCCGGCUAUCAGCUGUUUUGCGCAGGGCUCUGCUGCUUGCUGCAAGGAGGUAAAUUGCUGGGAGCAGGUUUUUUUUUUUCUUGUGCUAAUCAAGCUAUGCUGAAAACGAAAAUGAAAGUAAAGCAGGCUGUUUGCUGUUUGCUGCAAUGAGGCAAAAUUGCUGGGAGGCAGAGGCAGAUUCCUUUUUCUUGUUUUCCUCACCAAAAAAAGGUCUUAUAGUCCGGUGCAUCUUAUACUCCAAAAAAUAUGGUAACUUAGUUAGGCAGAAAGUCAAAGAGUUGUUGAAAUGUACCAACUCUUACCAUGCGAGCUUCAGCGGUUUCUCCCCAAAAUGCAGGGCGAUAUGUCAAUGAAGACCCCAUCCUCCAGGCCAAAGGGGUCUAAAGGUUGAAUCCUGGUAAUUGGGCCAAACCUUGUUAACCUGAGACAAUUGAUAGUUACUGUAUUUUUUGGACUAUAAGAUGCAACGGACUAUAAGACCUAAAUUUACAGGAGAAAAACAAGAAAAAUAAUAGUUUUUGGUUUCUGCGCGUUGGAUUUUCUGACAAAUGGCCGUCUGGUCUCUUCUUGAAAGCUUGUAAGUGUGAAGACUGGUUGUAAAUCAUUUUUCUUCAGUGCUGUAGUACGUUUGGCCCCCCAAAUGAAGAGUUGUACAUAAGUUGAGGAUUACUAUAUAUUGGUAACUUGCGAGGGCUUAUGUGAAGGCUCAUGUUUUUCUUUGAACUUAUGUUUCUCUUUGAGAGAUAGUACCGUUCUAGAAGAAAUGCUUAGUACGUUGAAUUUGACAGCAUGUCUUAAAUUCCUACCUGUGUUUCUUCCCAGCCAUUUUGAAGCUGUCUCCUUUCUUUUUUUUUUGCUCCCCCCCCUCCCCGAUGUUUCAACAGACAGCUUCAGAAGUUCCCAUAUUGGCAAUGCAGCCAUUUAUCCUGUGCAAUAUCAAAAAAUAAUAAUAAUAAUUUGCUUUCUUUCCAACCAGUUAUUCUUCAGGCAUCUUUAGACAGUCCCUGCGGCUGGAUGGGGAUGCUGCAGUAGCUAAAUGUAAAAUUAAUGUUCUGAGACCCGGAGAUUCAAUUCUGCGCCGGCAAUUUCCCCGGCAGAUAAUACGCAAACCUGCUUGUGAUAGGCAAAUCGCGGGAUGGUUUAUCUGCAGGAAACCUGAACUGGGGCAAAACUGAAAUGAAAAAAAAAAAAUAUUCAGAAGAAAAUGAAAUGGGAAGUAAAAAUCAGCACAGCCCCCACACCAAUCGCUUUUCAUUGAGGAAACUUCACAUCACAUAUUUUGCUGGUUCUUUGCCUCAUUUCACAUGCAUGUUCUAUAGCAGUGAUGGCUAACCUUUUUGCCGUCGUGUGCC